AUGACGAUUCUGAGGAGUCUGGUCCUCCUCUUAACUACGAUUUUGUCAUUACAGGCGCCGUUGUCCGCAGUGCCCUUGACGGUAGCCCUUGGGGGUUUGCAACGUGGCACUGGAUUGUGCUCCGAAGGCCAUUCGCCAUGUGAAGACCCGAAAGCUCCAUCCAACUUCUGUUGUCCUGAGGGCACUGUAUGCAUUACUCUGAACAACUCUACCUCGAUGAUAUGCUGCCCCCUAGGACAGUCGUGUUAUCGAAUGAACCAAAAACCAUGCAAUACUCAAACUCCCGAGAACCCAAACUCUCCUGCUAGGACCACCACGCUCAACAGCGAGUCCUGGAAGUGUGGCGGCCAAUGCUGCCCUCCUGGCACUCAAUGUCUCUCGGACAGGCUAGGAGGGUUCUAUUGCCAAGUGAUCUAUCCGGAGCUGGCUUUUCCACCGUUUCCAGUGACCACCACCACCUCGCAGCCUGGCCCUACAUCGCCUACAUUGACGCAAUCAGGAACAGCUUCCCACUCCGCUACUCCUGCGUCAUCUAAUACCACUGCCAAUUCCACGUCGACUACCCAAGCAUCGUAUAUUAUCCUUCAUAGUUCAUAUCUUCCAACGCUCAAACCCACCUCCCCAACUAAAGCUUUUCCUAAUAUGAACGAAGCACAUCCUUCGUCAAUAUCCAAUGAACCAAAGUACCCCGGGCGCGCAGUUGCCGUUGGCUUAGUUCCCGGCCUCGUUGCUGGCAUCCUAAUCGCCAUGAUUGCGAUUUUCUUCUAUAGACACCGGCAGGAAACACGCUCUGCAUCAUCGCUCAUUCAAAAAUUUGGCUAUUUCCGCGAAUCCUUCGACAAGGGUGAAGUCUCGAUCUCUGACCCAAUCCCUUGUGCAGCCCAUGACUCAAUCCGCACAGAUUUCCUCCGUCGGCCAGGAGAACUUGACAACGAGGAGCAUAGCAGAUCGACAUUUCAACGGACCAGCGCCCGGGUGAGAAGUGUCUUUGGAUCGCUGCCUACAGCGGAAGAUAUUGCAACCAUGCCUCCUCCGAAUAAAGGAGGAGGAGGCUUUAGUGGUGGUGGUGGAUGUGAGCCAAGCGCGGAAGGCAUAAAGGUUUUCAGCCCGGCACAUUUGAGUCACAGCGGAGUCUGGGCCUACCCGAGUGUUGCAAAUGGUCGACCGCAAACCACAUUCUCUGAAAUGAUGGAAAGGGUUGGAUUUCAGAGCAAAAGUGGCAGCCCAUAUUUCUCUGUCACAAAAACACCACCUCUGCCUCAGUUCCGGUAG